AACAAGUAACCAUCUCAGACCACUAAUUACCCAACAAAAGGCUGCAGUUAGAAUAACAAAUUCUCACUACAGGCAGCACACUCCACCAAUAUUCAAUACACUCAACCUACUCACCAUACAAAACAUCCAUACUUAUUACUGCACCUAUUACAUACAUAGAACACUCAACUCUGAUAUUAACCCUCCCCUCAAACAUCUCCUUGCCAACCUCAACAGAACACAUGACCAUAACACAAGGCACAGAUCACUCUUUGAUAUUCCUCGUGUCCAUCUCACGCUAUGCAAAAACUCAAUGCACAUAAAAGGCCCUAAAAUCUGGAAUUCAUUACCUGUAAAUAUAAAAGAAACACUACCUGUUUGUAAAUUCAAGUCUCUUCUCAAAGAUCAUUUACUCACCCAAAACCAAAUAAAUACUGAAUAACUGAACCUUAUAAAUUGUAUAUCUUAAAUGUUUCUCACAAUUAUAUCACAUAAAUGUUAAACCUAAAACCCAAUCUAACUUUAUUAUUUUUUAAAUACACUACCUAAAAGAAUACUCCAUUCUACUGAAUUUACAACAAUGCAUGCAACCAUAUGACCUGUCUUUGUAAUACUCACUUGUGCUUUAUAGUAAUCUGUUUACAUUAAUGUUUUUCACUGAUUUCAUCAUUGCUUAGUUAAUCUUAAGUUAAUUUUAAGCCAGCCCGUAAUGCUAUGCAUAGUAUAAGUGGCUUUGGCAUGCUGCUCUUAUCUGUAUUUUUUUGUACCUCUGUAUGUGUGCUCAAAUUAUAAAUAAAUAAAUAAAUAAAUAAAUAAAUAAAUAAAUAAAGUCAGUCAGUAAGUCGGUCAACCAAGUCAGUCAGUCAAGUCAGUAAGUCAGUCAGCAACACUGGUAUGCCUACUGGGUGUCAUGACUGCUUGGCAGAUACAAGAUAUGGUAAUUAAAAGAUCAAAACACAAUUCACAAACAGCUAGCUUGUAGGAGAGAAGUGGAACUGAACAUGUAAGCUGGGAUGGUGUUGGGAGUGUCAGGGGAUGGCAGGAGGUCUCCCCUGCUGACCCACAACAAGGCGGCUACUUGAGGUAUGGAAUGGCCACCACUACUUGCCACAUGACAUAUUUUAUUCAUUCUAGAGUAUAUAUCAGGUUUCUAUAUUAUUUACAUUGUUUAAUAUGUCAUAUUAGAUGAAUUGUGAUAGGUAAAUAAGCUGUAGAGUUGAUAUUAUUGUCAUAUUCCUGCCUCCUGAGAGCAGGAAAUCUGCUGGAACAGGGUAAUUGCAUUUCAUUUAAAUGAGGAAAAUUUACUAACCAUACGAGCAGAUCGGGAUACGAGCAAGGUCAUGGAACAGAUUAAACUCAUAAGCUGAGGUUCCACUGUACCCAUUUAGACUCUUUAUCGACCUUAAGAAAGUUUUUGAUACAGUAGAUCACAGCAUCCCACUCCUCAAGCUUGAUCAUUAUGGUAUAAGAGGCCAUGCACUUAUCAAGUCCUACAUUACUAACAGAAAGCAAUAUGACUCUGUCAAGGAUGUAACCUCCUCAACAAGACCCCUGGAUACUGGUGUACCACAGGGUAGCAUUCUUGGCGCCCUCCUUUUCCAUUUAUACAUCAACGAUCUUCCAAACGUAUCACAACAACUUACGCCUAUUCUCUAUGCUGAUGACAUGGCUUUUGUCAUCUUUCACCCAAAUCUAGCCUCACUCAACACUAUUGCUAAAAAUAGCAACCUGAGUGACUGUCAAUAAACUUAACACUUAACCCUUUGACUGUCAACCCCAAAUCCUGAAGUGUCUCGUGGUGUCGCAAAAUAUUUGAGAGAAAAAAAAAAAAAAAAAAAAAAAAAAAAAAAUCUAAUGAAAUGAUAGAGAAUCUUUUCCUGGUGAUAAUGACACCAAAAGUAUUAAAUUUGAUGGAAAACUUAUGGAAUUAUGCUCUCGCGAAGUUAGUGACCCUUGCGACAUUUAUGCACUGGUGAUUUUGCCCACUUUGAGCCCUAUUUUCGGCCAAUUCCAUUGUCCCAGUCCACCAAAUUCAUAGCUAUUUCUUUAGAACUACAUUUUUUAUAUCGAUUGAGUACAAGAAACUGCCCAUUUACAGAUUUCAACUACCCAAUAACGUGGUCAGAAAUUGGCAAUUUGGCCAAUUUCAAGCAAAUUAAAAAAUGUCAUUUUCAAAAUAGGAUCCAGAAUGAACAAUGCAGACAUUCCUGGCACUAAAAUAACAUCUUCUCUGUUUAUCAGUCAUGUCUCCUGGCCCCUGUUACAAUACUCUUGUUUUCUAUUAUGAAUUUUUAUUCACACAGAAAAUAGAAGAUUUACUGUUAUGCAAACUACUGCAACAUUGUAAUAGUUGUAUAAAUAAUGUCAACCCAUUCAUGACUGCAUAUUAGAAUGGCUAGUUGCACAUUUAUUGGACAAUGACAUCAUUUGUUUACUCUUGAACAUUGGCAAAAAUUGAACAUUUCUGCCACUUUGAGCUCCAUUUCAAGAUAUUUUCAUUGGAAAACCAAUCAAAAUCACUUUUAUUUAUAUAAAAUGUUUUCCAUUCUAUGAAAUGAGACCUAGAAAACAAGAAUACAACCAUAAAUACUAUACAAAAAUACACCUCAAAGUUGGCGUUUUAAUCCAAAAACACGGUCGGAGUUUUUUUUAGUCUCAUUAUGCACUGCGUGCUGCAGGAUUUUAUUUAUAUUGCGCACACUGCCCAUACAAACCCAUUCUCUCACAUGUGGGCCUACUAGCUUUCUCCUGCUUGAUUUGAAGCCACUAGAAUUUUUGAGUAUAUAUACAGUAUGUCAAACACAUUGGUUCAUAAGACGUAUAUAUAUGAUCAAAACAGUCAAAGGGUUAAUACAGAUAAAACCUAUUACAUUAUGUUUGGGAGUAGAAUAAGUGAGGUCAAACUAAACAUUAUGCUUAACACCUUAUUGGUAAACAUAAAGAGGAAAAAUUCCUGAGUCUGCACAUUGAUGGCAAUCUGAAAUUCAAAACCCAUAUCCAAUGCAUAAUAAAAAAAGUUUUUAAAACAGCUGGCAUCUUCUCAAAGAUACAUUAAUAUGUACCACAAAUAGUACUACUUACACUAUACUAUUCACUGAUAUACCCCUACCUCACCUAUGCUAUUUGUGCCUGGGGUUCCACAAUGACAUAUCACCUAAAACCAAGCUGCCUUGUUGUGGGUCAGCGGGGGAGACCUCCCGCCAUCCCCCAACACUCCCACACUCCCAGCACCACCAUCCCAGCUUCGUGAAUACAUGUUCAAGAAAUAGCAUGUUGCCUCUCAUUCACUGGUUUGACUGAACCUUGUUAAGCCAUAUCUCAACACAAUAUCAACCAUGUACAGUGCUGUAGUAUAGUAGAAUUUACCCUUAUUUAAUCCAUACAUGUAUUUUCAUAUCUAUUAGUGAAUAACAGUAAUUAAUUCCCAGUUACUUAAGACACAUUAGGUGCUAUUUAAGGCACUAAUUCAGGUGCUAAAGUGUGUUAUUUUCUUUGUUUUACCUUCAUAUUCAGUAGCUCCAUUAUUUUUAGAAUAAAAUAAUUAUUUUAGCUCACAUAUUCGUAUUUGCUAGUGGUUUAACAUCAAUUGCUUUUUGUUUUUUAAUAAUUGUAACGGCUAUUUCUCUACAUACCCCUUAUGAAUGCAAUUAUCGAUCCUGAUAUCAACCUCUUAUUCAACUGCACACAUAAUCCUAACAGUAAUUGCCAUUACUACACUGCCAGUCAGGCUAAUACCCUUCUCAGUGUCAGCAAGAACAUUACAGUCUUCAACUAUAAUGUUAGAUCAUUGAGUAAACACUAUGAUGAUCUCAUUGGAUUACUGAAGUCUCUAAAUGCUACUAUAACUUUCAUUAUACUUACUGAAACCUGGUUCAUACAAGAGUUGACAGACAUAUUUACCAUACCUGGUUACACAGCCAUACAUAACUGCAGGCCUGACCAAUCAGGAGGAGGCACUGCCAUCUAUUACUCUGAUGAACUAGAAUGUAUGAAAUCAACUAAUGUACAGGACGAAAAUGGCAAAUACAUAAUAGCUGCAUUCAAAUCAAGAACACUUAAGAAACCUAUAACAGUUGGCACAGUCUACAGACUACCACACACAAAUACUUACACUUUUAGCAGUAACCUUAGAAACAUGAUAAUUGAGUCAGAGUUGAAUAAACACCAUCUGAUACUAACAGGAGAUUUCAUCAUAAACCUCAUCCAAGCAACUGACCCUCCAGUAGCUGAUUUCACAAAUACUGUGAACAACAGCUUGUUGCUAUCCUCUAUAAUGAAGCCGACAAGAAUCUCUGAGACAAGUGCCUCAUUAUUUGACCAUAUCUGGACAAACACGAUAUCCCCACUACAAGCAGGUAUAAUCACAGACAACACCACAGAUCACUACCCUACCUUUCUCAUAACCAACUUAUCUAAAUUACCUCAAGAAACAAGAAAGAUCUCAUUUCGCCUGCAUGAUGAGACAUCGAUAAACAUAAAACUAGCACUAGGUGCCAACUGGCAGAGAGAGCUAGCUGACAGUACUAUCGAUAAAGAUGUCAAAAAUUUUUUACAUAAAACCCUAAACCUCUAUAACAAGCAUUGUCCAAUCAAAAUGAAACGGAUCACAGAAAAGAGAUAAACAGCACAUGGCUAACAAAAAGUAUCCUCAAAUCUAUUAAUAAAAAACACCAAUUUGAAAAACAGUUCAGAUUAGGUCUAAUUACUAAAAGAUACACAUCAAUACUCACAAAACUAAUACGAAAAUCAAAGCAAAUGUAUUAUGAAAAUAGAUUUAGUGAAAUAAAAGUUGAUAUGAAAAGUACCUGGCAAACACUCUCCAAAAUUUUGGGCUCUAGGAAAACAUCUGGAAAUAGAGAGAUAAACUUAACUAAACCAGAUGAACCUCACAUACAACCUACAGAUACGGUCGAUAAUUUUAAUGUUUUCUUCUCUACUGUAAGAUCAAAGCUAGCAAGUCAAAUUCCUACCUCAAAUACCCAGCCGAAUGAGUACCUCACUGGCAACUACCUCAAUACUCUAUUUCUAGCUCCAACUAAUUCCACUGAAGUCUCACUCAUCUUUAAAUCAUUAAAGAACAAAGCAGGUGAUCUAGAUAACUUGCCACCAUUCAUAUAUAAAAAAGCUGCACAUGAGCUGUCACCCAUUAUUGCAACAAUGUUUAACAAAUCUGUAGCAUCCUCAACCUUCCCAUCUACGUAUACUCAAGACAGCAUGGGUCACCCCAAUCCACAAAGGAGGUGAUCCAACUGACUUGAACAACUAUAGACUCAGAUGAAAUUAAGACACAUGUGCAACAUCUGGGUAUCUUUAUUGUAGACGUUUCGCCAUCCAGUGGCUUUAUCAAUACAAAUUCCAGGACAUAACUUGAAGACAGUAGAACUAUGUACAGAAGAUGAGGUAAUCAGCCCCUCAACCUUGGAGUAGGUGCAAAGAGCACCAUAGUCGUGGAGAUUCUGAAGCAGAAGCAAGGCGCCUGAUGCUUAUAUACUAACGUCAGGUGGAAAUGGGACGGGUAGCAGAUGAGGGCAUAGUCACUGGUAGGCGGGAUUCACCAGUGGAAGUAGGUCCUACCCAAAGAGAUGGGUUAGUUGUAGUAGUAGUCGUGAAGGCUAUGUACAUGUCCUCAGAAUCAAGACUCCAUGAUAAUGCAGUGUGACAAGUUGUGCAAGAAUGGUAUACAUUACCGACAAGAUGAAAUUAAGACACAUGUGCAACAUCUGGGUAUCUUUAUUGUAGACGUUUCACCAUCCAGUG